AUGGCUUCACGAUUUCCCCGUCAACGCGAUCCACGCGCAUCUUCCUCCCUCUUCGAUUCUUACGGUGGCGGCUCCCGCCCGGCGAGCAGGUCACCUGCUCCGGCCGGCGGAUAUGGUUACGGAGGCUAUUCCAGCCCAGCCGGUAACGACUAUGGAAACGGCAGUGCUGGCGGACCCGCAUACCGUACUGGAACACCCGACAAGAAGGGUCACUACUCCGAUGCCGUUCUUUCGUCACUCGAAUCACAAAAUGACGCGGAGGUAGAAGGUAUCACCGCCAAAGUGAGGAUGCUUAAAGAUCUUACCUUUGCGAUUGGCGACGAAAUCCGGGAUACCGCACACAUAGAUGGCCUUGAAAGCUCAUUUGAAAGUACUCGAGUCCGGCUCCGCGGGAACAUGAACCGCAUGCUCCGCAUGGCCGAAAGCACUGGCGUCGGUUGGCGGGUGUGGCUCGGGUUCUUCGCCGUUGUGUUUUUCUUGUUCUUCUAUGUGUGGAUAUUCUGA